AAGACGGAAGUGUUAUAAAAAUCCACUAUUUUGUUCGAUCUUCUCCUCCAGAAAUAAUUGGGAAAAAGUUUAAAAGAAGCGAAGAUUUUUUUCACUCUCCGUGUCCAUCAUCUUUAAUUGGUGUGCAAAUUGUGAAAGAAUUGAGUAAUAUAAGAAGAUUUGACCUUAAUUUAGUUGAAACAAAGUGUGUACUUCUUCCACUGGAAACAGAAUUAAUUUGUUAUCCUCUAAUUCACAGUGCAAUCCAGUGACUUUUUACCAUGCGAUUUUCUAUAGUAAAUUUUAUUGAAACUAACGAGAUAGAGAUUAUCCCAAUAAAUUGGUUGUCACCAUCAAGAGAUAAAUGCUGGUGGCCGCCGUUUAAAUCUACCGAACGCCAAUUGAAGGCCGCUAUGGGUGGAGACAAUCCAAGUAAACAAUGGUUAUCAUUCGACGUGAAGGUUGUUGGAGGAGGUAAAAUAUUUGGUGAGUCUCCUUUUUAUUGUAGUCGUGAAAAAUAUUUACAAAAUAAAUUUAUUUUCUAUUCAGAAUCAUACCAACAAGCCAAGAGUCAGCUUGGCAAAGCCUUGGAUGAAACCGAACCGGAAUUUGAAAGUGAUUUCGAAGUGACAGGUCGUGGGCAACGUCACAAGAAAAGUCAGCGUCAGGAAGAGUCAAGCGAUUCGGAGAGAGAGGAUGGACUUACUAAAAUACCAUCAAAGCCGAAUUUUUCAAUUCCGCCCCCACCACAAUAUUUUGCUUUAGUUGGAGGUAUAUCGCAACGUUCAGACCGUCAAGAUGACCAUGAAUCAGGCAGCUCUAUUCAUCUACCGCGUCACUCACCACCAGUAAGUGAUUCCCAUUCACAGCAAGAAAAUGAGGAAAUUACUUCCAGGUCAGCAAAUUCAUUGACCUUUAACAAACUCCACUCCCCAUCACCACAUGGUCAAAUGAGAGACCUCUCCCCAAAUAACAUGCUGCGUCAACAUUGUACCGGUGAAUUGGUCAAUGUUUCGAGCAACCAUAGCGUGGAGAUCGACACGCAGGUCGAGAUAAAUCAGGAAAUCUCUGCAAAUAUAGAAUUUCAAAACUGGAUGGUUAGACAAAUGAAUGUUGUGAAAGCCCAAUUGCGACAACUACAAGAAUGUGUGGACGCCUUGCUCAAUAGCUGCAAUUUGAACGGACAGGGUGGUGGUCAAAGUUUAAAUACGUUGCCAGCUGGAUUAUUACCUGUGGAUUGCGAUUCCGACUUAAAAAAACUCGAAGAUUUUGCGACGGAAUCCAGGAACACAUUGAUUCGAGAACUGCAGAGGGGCCUAGGUGCGACAAAGACGGCACAGAAGGCUACUCAGCGGAUACUGUCGAAAUUGUUGACGGAUACGUAUGCGUCUUCAUAUAACUGGAUUGGUUCGAGAGGAGAAAAGACAGCUUUUUCGAAGUCUUUGAUGAAACACAUUAUUUUUGAAGCGAUUCAUGGAAUCCCGAAAUUGAGCGACGCUGGCGACGACGAGAUUUCAAACGCUAUUAAAGAUUGGCUAAAGAAUUCCAAUAAACGUAUUGAAUCUGACAGGAAACGCUUGGCAAAAUCCAAUGCAAAUCAUCCAUCCGUCAUUGCUGGAUUCAACUCCGACGAUUAAUUUAUACUCUAUAAAUUUUAAUUUACUUUUGGUACCUUCUAAAUUCAUCUUCAUUUAAUUGUCUAAAUUUGUAGAAUAAUAUAGAAGUUAUAAAGAAAUAAAAAUCGUGAACGUAAAUUUUCAUGUUGUAAUACGUGUUUUUUUGGGGUAAAUCUCGUGGCUAAAUACGUGUUUUUUUGGGGUAAAUCUCGUGGCUAAAUACGUGUUUUUUUGGGGUAAAUCUCGUGGCUAAAUACGUGUUUUACUGGGGUAAAUCUCGUCGAUGUGGUGUGAAACUCGUUCUUGGAACACGUGUAAAGAACGAGUUAGAUACGUUAAAAAGAGCGACACUUGCCCCCAGUUUAACACCAGCUCUCUACCAGUUUCAUACGUGUUUAACACGAAUACUGGGGUCACCAAACUCGUUCAAAACUCAUGUUAAUCUCGUGUUUGU